CGCAGGGCUGGCGUGCAGCUGCUCGGAGUCCGCAUCUGGAGAAGACGGGACAGGAUCGCGUUUAGGCAUCUGAAGGAAAACCUCCAAGUCUCGUCUGUCUGUCUCCAAACUUCUCUUUACGUGCGAGUAAACCUGAGCCGGAUUCGGGUGAUGAUUCACCUCUGGACUCUCCUGUCAGGCCUGCUGCUGGUUUUGUCGGUGGCCGAGCCUCUGAGCAGCCCUGAGGAUCAUGAAAACGAAGUCCUGAAACACACCGAGACAGAGUUCAACAAAAACCAGAAUGAGGUGAUCGAAAAUGCAAUCUCAAACGUCAGUGAAGCGACUUCGAGCUACACACCCACCACCUCAGCUCCUCUGAGUACCACAGCUCCCCCAAGCUCCAGCGCUGCUCCUCAGUGUCCAGGAAGCCAGGUGAUGCAGGAGAGCAGCGCUGGAUGUGGCUGUCCGUCCGGUCUGGUGAAGGAUGGUGACAACUGUUCAUGUCCGGUGGGCUUCACUCUGGAGGGAGCAGCGGAGUGUAAAGAUGUUGAUGAGUGUGAAGGACGGGAACCAUGUGGCCUCCACGCCAGCUGCAGCAACACCCCCGGCUCUUACUCAUGCAGCUGUCUCCGUGGUUACCUGAUGGCUGCUGGAGGAUGUCAAGAUAUAGAUGAGUGUGCUCUGGCAGCAGUGACGGGCCUGCAGGCCUGCCACGGUGACGCCAAAUGUGAAAACACCCCCGGUUCCUUCACCUGUUCGUGCCCUGUGGGAUACGUAAUGGCUCUAAAUGGAAAAAGCUGUGUAGAUGUAGACGAGUGCACUUUCGAGGAACAGUGUCGCCGCGAGCUGGGAAACGUGUGCGUGAACACUCCCGGCAGCUUCGUGUGUCAGUGCCGGCUGGGCUUCAGAGCAGAAGCUCCUGCAUGUGUCGGUCCCGUGUGUCCAGACUACACCGUGUGUCAAGAUGUGGACGAGUGCACGGACAGUCCCACCGUGUGCGACGGUCGGGGUGUGUGCGAGAACACGCUGGGGAGCUACAAGUGUGUUUGUCGACCUGGUUACCGGGGAAACGGCACACACUGUGAAGAUGAGAAUGAAUGUGCGUCAGGUGGUCACAGGUGCGACGGGAACGCUCGAUGUGGCAACGUCAUCGGCUCGUAUUUCUGCCAGUGUUACCAGGGCUUCAAUGGAGACGGACACUCGUGUUUUGACAUUGAUGAGUGCAUCGUGAACAACGGCUACUGUGAACACAACUGCACCAAUGAGCCAGGAGGAUACAGCUGCCAGUGCACCUCGGGUUACCAGCUGGACCAGGAUGGACACAACUGUACAGAUGUGGACGAGUGUUCGGCACUAAAUGGGACCUGUGAGCACAUUUGCGUCAACACUCGGGGCUCUUUCCAGUGUUCCUGCAGACCCGGAUACCAGCUGCACAUCGACGGUCACACCUGUGUGGACAUUGACGAAUGUAAACUCCAGAACGGCGGCUGCUCUCACACCUGCACCAACUCUGCAGGAGGACACACUUGCCACUGCCCGCCUCCUCUGUUGUUAGACACAGACAGCCUCACCUGCAGCAAUGUUACAUCUUGUAAGCUGAGAAACGGUGGCUGUGAACACGACUGCACUGUGAGGGCUGAAGGCAACGUCCAGUGUAGCUGCCGAGCAGGAUGGGAACUGGGUGAAGACAUGAGGAGCUGCGUAGAUGUGAACGAAUGUGGAGACUUUACAAAUGGAGGCUGUGAGCAGCUCUGCCUGAACCAUGCUGGCGGGUUAAACUGCACCUGCAGGGAAGGCUUCAAAGUUCGAACAGACGACAGCACCAAGUGCCAGCCUGUUUGUGACCCUCCUUGUCAGAACUACGGCGUGUGUGUUGCCCCAAACAGCUGUGACUGUCCUCCUGGUUAUCCUGGUGUCGGCUGCUCAGCCAUGUGCUCCCCGCCCUGCGCCCAUGGAGGCACCUGUAUGCGCUGGAAUAAGUGUUUGUGUCCUCCGGGCUGGACUGGAGCAGGCUGCCACACAGCUGUGUGUGAGUUGCCUUGUGCUAACAGCGGUCGCUGUGUGGGGCCCGAUACCUGCCAGUGUGCCUCCGACUACACCGGCCCUCAGUGCCUCUCGCCCCUGUGCACGCCUGCCUGUCAAAACGGGGGAAGAUGUGUGGAUGUCAACAAAUGCACAUGUGUUGGUGGUUGGCAGGGAGCUCGGUGCCAGAUAGAGCCUGUUGAGUGUCAGAAACCCUGUAAAAACGGUGGCGUCUGUGUCGGCCUCAACAGAUGCCGCUGCACCAAAGGAUUUACUGGAGGUCUCUGUGAAACAGCGGUGACCAUCCCCUGUGUGCCACCCUGCCAACAUGGAGCCACCUGCAGCCCUCACAACACCUGUACCUGUCCAGAGGGCACUGCAGGCCUCCGCUGUGAGAGACUGACGUGUCCUGUGGUCACCACGGUGGUCAGUAUGGCUCGAGCAGUGAGGAAGGCAUUCAGGGAGAGUUAUGUGGACCGAUGUGGACCUUUGGGAGUUCACCUUUGCACUAAAUACAGGAUAAACCAGGCCCGUGUGUACCUGCAGGCCUACAGGGUGGGAUACAAAAUCCAGUGUCCACAAAAGAAGGGCAGAUGAGCAGUGCUGGACAAGUUAAAGCUGCUUGUCAUGACGAAACGUCGCCCGCCACACAAACGUUUGACCAACACGUGAAGGCAGAAAACAAGGACUUAUCUGUAAACUGUGGAAUUAACUGAGUUGAAGUAAGACACGACAGUAUCAUUAAGGCAGUUUAUCUGAUCUGUGACAAAUGUUGACAGGUAUCUUUAAAUCCACUUUGUACACAGUUAUAUAAUAUAUGUAUGUUCCAUGAUAAAUAUAAAUAAGAUGAACGACGGAUUCAGUCGUUGUAAUGUUUGUAUAAGGCAGCUGAAAGCUAUAAAGUGCCACAUAGUGAACAUUUGUGCUGACUGUGAACUCUGGUCAGUCAUUUUUGAAUGCUUACUGUCAAAGAGGUCACAUCAAGAAAUGUUCUCAAUAAAGAAAACCUGUCCCAGA